UGAGAUAAUGGCAAACAUCGGACGCAUCGCUUUCGCCGGCUUGACAGCCGCCCUCGAAUCUACUCAGGCCCUCGCCAACGUGAACUUUGACUUCUCUCUGGUCAAGGUAGAGGCUCCGUGCGAGUUCCACGGUCUUGGCCAGCUCCUCACCCAUUCGCGCCGCGAAAGUGCUGAGGACGGGCCGCUGCACGUUACCGCCCGGCGGCUCGCCGCCAUCUUCGGGCCUCUCCUCCCGCAGACACCGGAGUUGAUUCGGUGCUAUGGGCUCCGCGCCUCGGAGAUAUCGCGAGAGUCGACGCAGGAUGCGCCGCCCGUUGGUGUCGGCAUCUUCGCGCAGCAGGUUGGCAUCGACGGCGCAAGCAUUUGGGCCGGUGCGACGUCGGGCGUAAACGCCAUCCAGGUUCACCUGCUGGCGUGUAUGCUCGCGCGUAUUUGGACAGGCCCCGAAGCCAUCUCCAUCUGGGUCGAGCUGCUCAAGUCCCGCCGUGACAGGAUUCAGGCCCAAGUCGCGAAUAUGGACUCUGUGGACAUCGGUUCAAUCCUGGCGGCGAAGCAGGACAUCAGCCGCGACCAGCUGGGCGAAUGGGACGCCAGCGCGCGAGCGUGGCUCCGAAUUGCGGACACGGCCAAGCGUCUGCAGCAGAAGCAACUUCUCCUCAUCAUCGGCAAUAUGGAGACCUUUGUCAAUUCAAAGCCGGUUCUCUACGACAGCGUCAUAAAAGCAUGGACUACCAGCCUCACGGGCAUGGAAGAACUGUUGAAUGGUUCCCCUUUGGACAUGAGAAGCGGGGAUUUGCCUCUGGCCCUUACAUCCUGGCACCUAUAUCCGGACCUCAACAUUGUAGGCCCGGCGACCAAGGUAGUCCAUCAGAAAGACACUUUAGUCCCCCAGUCGGGAAUUUUGACCAUCGGCCUUCAAGGACCCAGUAACUCCGAGAGCAACGGACUGCACUGGUCGCUGCCUUUGGCACAUCUUCGAUUCUAUGGUGGACCAGUGCAACGAAGUCAUGCGAUUCGCUGCGAAGGCGCCCGGCUAUCCCUCGUCGAGUUCAACGUGGCUGUUCUUGGUUGCGUACUGGGCGGAUGGGGUGUUGAAGAUGACGAGCUUGAAAAAGUGAUUGAUUGGGUCAGUCGGCUCUCCGAUACUUUCCUAGCCUUCUUCAAAGGUCAAGUGAACUUAGAGAGAACUUGGUUAUCAAUACUAGGCGAAGCAGCAAGCACGAUCCUCAUGUCUGAGGGCCUCGAGCGGAGAAUCUUCACAAAGCUUCUCAAUAUGGGACGGAGGCGUUCCUCAUUCAUUGGACAUCCCUCUCGCGCAUUCUUCGGCUUAUGCAAGGUGAACAACGCCGUGGUCAUGGCCAAAGACUCCGAGGAGAGGGUAGCAAUCCUCAGGUCCCAAGCUGCCAGGGCAAGAUUGCCUUGGAACCACGCCAUCAUCCGUUACGUCUCUGAGGUGACAGGAGGAGAAGAAUUCGCAUCGGCCACUGCCCUACCGGUAACAGCCAAGAAGAGAGCCAGCUCUGAGGAGACAAGGGAAAAUGUCCGCCACGUUCGUUGGAUCCAGAGCAACUUACCGCCCGAAGAACAGCAAGAACCAGUUCAUCUCAGUGUCAAGACAGAUGCCAUGAGGGUUGUCUGGGGAACACCCGCUGAGCCCCUCGUUGCGGAUUGGGAUCCCCACGACCACUGGUUCGGCGAAAUGAAGCAUUACGAGCACUGGUUGGGCGAUCCGCACUCGGCCGCAAUAUUCAUUCGACUCGACCAGUCCAUGCCAGAAAACGAUGUGAUUCCCUUCACCGAACUUGCAUCCUUAUUCGAGCGACAAGCAUUAAGCCCUAGCCGCAUGGCCGAAAAGCUAGCCGAAUUCUUAGAACAAGGCGACCAGAAGUAUGUCGGGGCCCUCAAGGCUAUUGCGACCAUGAACUCGCUCUACAGUGGCCAGAAUCAGACAACCAUCGACGUGAACGUUUUCGAGCGCUCUCUCGUAGAGACAAAGUGGUUGAGUUCGGUCGUGACUCCUAGACUACACCUUGGGCAGAGUUUCACACAGACGUUGCGUAGAGCUCUCCAGCCAAGCCGCAUGAGCAUUAGCCAAUCUUUCUCAGGCAUUCUCUUUUUCGAAAAUUUGUUCGAUAUCCCGCCAUCUCAGGUGUCCAACGUCAUGGCCAUGUCGACCGGCAAUUCACUCUUCAUAGCCGCAUCUCUCCUGUGCGACCCGGCCAAGCCGCCGAGAGGAAGCAAGAUCCGACACGUCAUGGGAAACGUGGGAAAGCCAGGAAUGGCGCUCCUCGUGCCACCCGUCCAGCCCAGGAUGAUGACAUUGGGAAUCGACAAAUGGCACCUCAUCGACCUCGCUCGGUGGGAUGGCGUCGGAAGAGACUCGUUCGAGGGUAGCACCCUUCACCUCUGGUUCACGGGCAAAAACCAGGAGGUCGACGUCGGUUACACUGGUGCUCAGGACCAGGAACUUUAUAUCCUCGAAAGUGUCGUGUCUCUGUACGGCAAGGGCGGCGAAUGGGUCGCCGACCUGGAUAUCCUGAAGAUGCAGAGGGAGCCGCCUUUUGUCUAUCAGCAAGAAUAUAAGAGGCCGGGCUUGGACGCAAUUACCGAGGGAACAACAACGGGUCUGUUCCUGGCAUGCCAUGGCAAGCACGUUUCUCAGUACCGAUAUGAAGACCUCCCGCUGGCGACGGUCGAGAAUUGGGCGGAGCUCAUCGAGGACAUGCAGUCAAACUACAUCUGCAUGGCGACUGGAAACUGGCAGGCAAGGUUAGCGGCGGCGAUGGUAUGCAUUGCCCAGGGGAGGAGGGUUUGUCUGCUUCCUGAUUUCGUGUGUUGGCAAUGUGUCGCAGCCACAAAGAACUCAGAGGCAAAGUUAAAGGACCCUACCGUGUAUAUACAUUAG